ACAUGAGAUGAUAUUCAGAUAUUCUCUCAAAGGCAGGACUCCAACACCGCAGGUGGAAAACCAACAAAAGGAAGAAAACAGAAAGGUGGGGGAGAUAAGGAGUAGCCAGGAAAAAGAAAAUAGUGAUAAAGGAAGAGCCAAAAAGGAGGAAAGGGAAGAUGAAAGACCGACUUCAAGAACUAAAGCAGAGAACAAAGGAAAUUGAACUCUCUAGAGACAGUCAUGUAUCAACUACAGAAACAGAGGAACAAGGGGUGUUUCUACAGCAAGCUGUUAUUUAUGAAAGAGAGCCUGUAGCUGAGAGACACCUACAUGAAAUCCAAAAACUACAGGAAAGUAUUCACAAUUUGGCAGAUAAUGUUCAAAAAUUUGGGCAGCAACAGAAAAGUCUGGUGGCUUCAAUGAGAAGGUUUAGUCUACUUAAGAGAGAGUCUACCAUUACAAAGGAGAUAAAAAUUCAGGCAGAAUACAUCAACAGAAGUUUGAAUGAUUUAGUUAAAGAAGUUAAAAAGUCAGAGGUUGAAAAUGGUCCAUCUUCAGUGGUCACAAGGAUACUUAAAUCUCAGCAUGCUGCAAUGUUCCGCCAUUUUCAGCAAAUCAUGUUUAUAUACAAUGACACAAUAGCAGCAAAGCAAGAGAAGUGCAAGACAUUUAUUUUACGUCAGCUUGAAGUUGCUGGAAAAGAGAUGUCUGAAGAAGAUGUAAAUGAUAUGCUUCAUCAAGGAAAAUGGGAAGUUUUUAAUGAAAGCUUACUUACAGAAAUCAAUAUCACUAAAGCACAACUUUCAGAGAUUGAACAGAGACACAAGGAACUUGUUAAUUUGAAGAACCAAAUAAAGGAUUUAAGGGAUCUUUUCAUUCAGAUAUCUCUUUUAGUAGAGGAACAAGGAGAGAGCAUCAACAAUAUUGAAAUGACAGUGAAUAGUACAAAAGAGUAUGUUAACAAUACUAAAGAGAAAUUUGGACUAGCUGUAAAAUACAAAAAAAGAAAUCCUUGCAGAGUACUGUGUUGUUGGUGCUGUCCAUGCUGUAGCUCAAAAUAAAGAAGCUAUUUUUAAAACUUUUUCCAGCUUUACGGUAAAAGAUAGCUUAUAUUUCAGUGUCUUGUAUUGUUUUU